AUGUUAUACAGUGAGGAGGAUGGCUGUAAGUUGCAAGAGGAUAUCAAUAGAUGGUCAGCUGGGUCAGCAGACAAAUUAGGGGUAAUACACUUGAGGAGUGUUGACAAGGUGACGUAUUACACUGUGAAUGGUAGGACCCAGGAAAGUGCUGAAGAUAUGAGGGAGCUUGGUGCAAAUUCACAGAUCCCUGAAGGCAGUGAGCAGCUCCCCUCUCUGUUCCUAUGCAGAUGCAGUGCUGGCUAUGUUGGAGAUCGGUGCCAGUUUCCAGACCCUUGCCUAAGCUCCCCAUGUCAGAACCAUGGGAGCUGCAGUGCUGUCAUCCGGGGCCAGUCUGUUGAUUAUGUGUGUGCCUGCCAGCGGGGUUAUACAGGGCACCAGUGCCUCUACCGCUUCAACAAUGCCUGUCUCAGCAACCCUUGCCGUAAUGGAGGCAGCUGCCAACUGGUCAACAACAUGCGGGAGUACAAGUGUCGCUGUCCGCCCGGCUGGGCAGGAAAGCAGUGCCAACAGGCAGACCCCUGUGCAUCCAAUCCGUGUGCCAAUGGAGGUCAGUGUGUGGCGUUUGAAGCUCAUUACAUCUGCAAAUGCAUUUCUGGAUUCCAUGGCCCCACAUGCAAUCAGGACGUGAACGAAUGUGGAGUAAACCCCUCGCCCUGCCGCAACGGCGGGACCUGCUUCAACCACAUCGGCUCCUAUCAGUGUACCUGCCCACCCGAGUACACCGGCCACAGCUGUGAGAAUCUCUAUGUGCCAUGCUCACCGUCACCCUGCCAGAAUGGGGGCACCUGUCGGCAGCUUGGGGACGCUCUGUACGAUUGUACCUGCCUCCCAGGGUUUUCUGGACAGGACUGUGAGGUGAAUGUGGACGAUUGUGCUGAGCAUCACUGUCAGAAUGAAGGCCUGUGUGUGGACGGUGUGAACACGUACAACUGCCAGUGUCCGCCAGAGUGGACAGGUCAGUUUUGUACAGAGGAUGUGGACGAGUGCCAGCUCCAGCCCAAUGCCUGUCAGAAUGGAGGCACCUGCCAUAACACAAAUGGGGGCUACAACUGUGUCUGUGUCAACGGCUGGACAGGGGAUGAUUGCAGUGAGAACAUCGAUGACUGUGCCAUUGCUGCCUGCUACAGUGGGGCCACGUGCCAUGAUCGUGUCGCCUCCUUCUACUGCGAAUGUCCCCAUGGCAGGACCGGGUUGCUGUGUCACCUUGAUGACGCGUGCAUUAGUAAUCCUUGCCAUGAGGAGGCGAACUGCAGCACAAAUCCUGUCAACGGCAAAGCCAUCUGCACAUGUCCAGUUGGAUUCUCGGGGGCGUCCUGCAAGCAGGAUGAUGAUGAAUGCUCUCUGGGGUCCAAUCCAUGUGAGCAUUCAGGGAAGUGUGUGAACACCCUGGGAUCCUUCAAGUGCCUAUGCCAGCCUGGUUACCAUGGGCCUCGCUGUGAGCUGGACAUUAACGAGUGUAUGUCCAGCCCCUGCCACAAUGAUGCCACCUGCCUUGACCUGAUUGGAAAAUUCCAGUGCAUCUGCAUGUCCGGAUAUGAGGGAGUCUUCUGUGAAAUUGAUAUUGACGAAUGUGCCAGUAAUCCGUGCUUAAACAAGGGCAACUGUGUCGACAAAAUCAAUAAGUUUGAGUGCGAAUGCCCCUCAGGAUUCAAUGGGAAUCUGUGUCAGAUGGAUGUGGACGAAUGUGCAAGUACUCCCUGUCAGAAUGGAGCCCGCUGUGUGGAUGGACCCAACAAAUAUCACUGUCAAUGUUUGGAAGGUUUUACUGGAACACUGUGUGAGACAGACAUCGAUGAGUGUGAGCAGGACCCCUGUCACUAUGGCGUUUGUAAGGAUGCGAUUGCGAGCUUUCUCUGUGUCUGUAACCAGGGUUACACAGGCCGAGUGUGUGAUAUCAACAUUAACGAGUGUCAGAGCCAGCCAUGUCAGAACGGAGGAAGCUGCCAGGAUAAGAUCGAUGGUUACCUGUGUGCCUGUCUGAAAGGAACCACAGGCAUGAACUGUGAAACAAACCUGGAUGAUUGUGCCAGUAACCCGUGUGAAUACGGCAAUUGCAUCGAUCAGAUUAACAGUUAUGACUGUGUCUGUGAGAUCGGAUAUACAGGUCCUAUGUGUAACAUUAAUAUUGACGAGUGUGCUUCAAACCCCUGCCACAAUGGGGGGACCUGCAAAGACGGCAUCAACAGCUUCACUUGUGUCUGUCCAGAGGGUUAUCACGACCUGGUUUGUCUGUCAGAGGUGAAUGAGUGUAACAGCAAUCCCUGUAUCCACGGAGAAUGUCGAGACCAUCUCAAUGGGUACAGCUGUGAGUGUAGUCCAGGCUGGACCGGAACAAACUGUGACCUGAAUGUUAAUGAGUGCGAGUCUCACCCCUGUGUCAAUGGGGGCACAUGUCGAGACAUGAACAACGGCUACCUGUGUGACUGUCAGCCUGGGUUCCGAGGACCCAACUGCCAGACGAACAUCAAUGAGUGUGCAUCAAACCCCUGCUUGAACCAGGGGAGCUGUAUUGAUGAUGUUGCUGGAUACAAGUGUAACUGUGUUUUACCAUACACAGGAGUGAAUUGUGAGGACGUCCUUGCUCCAUGCUCCAGUCAGCCAUGUCAGAAUGGUGGUGUGUGUCACGAGUCUGAGGAUUACGAGAAUUUCUCCUGUGACUGUCCAGAGGGAUGGCAAGGUCAGACCUGUCAAAAAGAUGUGAACGAAUGUGUGAAAAGCCCAUGCCUCAAUGGAGCCACUUGCCAGAACUCGAUGGGAGGAUUCCAGUGUGUCUGCCGACAGGGUUACACCGGCACCCUCUGUGAGACUGAUGUGGACGAUUGUCAGCCCAAUCCAUGCCAUAAUGGAGGCUCGUGCUCCGAUGGUGUCAGUAGCUUCACCUGCGACUGUCUCCCUGGAUUCCGUGGCCCCAAAUGCGAGGAGGAUAUUAACGAGUGCGCCAGUGACCCCUGCAGGAACAGUGGUAACUGCACGGACUGUGUCAACAGUUACACAUGUACCUGCCCCCUGGGCUUCAAUGGUAUGCAUUGUGAGAACAACACUCCUGACUGCACAGAGAGCUCGUGUUUUAACGGUGGGACUUGUAUUGAUGGAAUCAAUACCUUCACCUGCCUCUGUCCGACUGGUUUCACAGGCAGUUACUGCCAACACAACAUCAAUGAGUGUGACUCCAGACCGUGUCUCAAUGCUGGCACUUGUCACGACAGUUAUGGCACGUACAAAUGCACUUGUCCCCAGGGCUACUCUGGCCUCAACUGUCAGAACCUGGUACGUUGGUGUGACUCGUCACCCUGUAAGAAUGGAGGAACCUGUUGGCAGACUGGCACCACUUAUCGAUGUGAAUGUAGGAGCAGCUGGACUGGCCUCUACUGUGAUGUGCCCAGUGUGUCCUGCGAGGUGGCAGCCAAACAGCAAGGGCUGGAUGUGGAGCAGCUGUGUCGGAACAGUGGCCUCUGUAUCGAUGCCGGGAACACACACCAUUGUCGGUGUCAGGCUGGCUACACAGGGAGUUACUGUGAGGAGCAAGUGGAUGAGUGCACCCCCAACCCCUGUCAGAACGGAGCGACUUGCACUGAUUAUCUGGGUGGCUACUCCUGCAAGUGUGUUGCUGGUUAUCAUGGAAUCAACUGCUCAGAGGAGAUUAACGAGUGUCUCUCCCAACCCUGUGACAAUGGGGGCAGGUGCAUCGACCUCAUCAACACCUACAAGUGUUCUUGUCCUCGGGGGACUCAGGGCGUGCACUGUGAGAUAAACCUGGAUGACUGUAACCCCCAAUUGGACUCUCUACCUCUGGACCCUCGAUGUUUCAAUGAGGGACGCUGUGUGGACCGUGUCGGGGGAUACAGCUGCACCUGUCCCCCUGGAUUUGUGGGUGAACAUUGUGAAGGCGACGUCAAUGAGUGUCUGUCAAACCCAUGUGAUCCUCGAGGGACCCAGAACUGUGUCCAACUCAUCAAUGCCUACCACUGCGAGUGCCGACCCGGCUAUACAGGGCUCCGAUGUGAUCGGAUUAUUGACAGCUGUAAGGACCGGCCGUGUCGAAAUGGUGGGACAUGCUCUGUCGCUGGGAACACGGCUCACGGCUUCAUCUGUCGCUGCCCCUCGGGAUAUGAGGGAGCAUCCUGUGAGAACCAGGCCAGUGUCUGUGGUAAUCUGCGGUGCCGUAAUGGGGGGACGUGUGUCAUGACCCCAGGAGGUUCUCCUCGCUGUGCAUGCCCCCUGGGACAAGGCGGGGUGGACUGCCAGCUGCCCACCAGGAACCCGUGCAAGUCCAACCCAUGUUACAAUGGGGGCACGUGUGAGAGUGUACCCACUGAGCCCUUUUACCGCUGCCAUUGUCCCCGCCUCUUCAAUGGGCUGCAGUGCUUCAUCCUGGAUUAUGAGUUUGAAGGAGGCAAUGGACAGAACAUCACAUUCCCCCCGAACAUCGAGCAGGGCUGUGAUAAACCUGAGUGUGUGCAGCUUGCCAAAAAUCGUGUGUGUGAGGCUCACUGUAACACUCAUGCCUGCGACUGGGAUGGCGGAGAUUGCUCUCUCAACUUCAACGAUCCCUGGAAGAAUUGCUCGCACGCUCUGCAAUGUUGGCGUUACUUUGGAGAUGGGAAAUGUGAUAAACACUGCAACAAUGUGGGCUGCCUAUAUGACGGGUUCGACUGUCAGAGCAUCGAGUCCCAGUGCAAUCCCCUGUAUGACCUGUACUGUAAAGAUCACUAUGAUGAUGGCCACUGUGACCAGGGCUGUAAUAAUAUCGAGUGUGGAUGGGACGGUCUGGAUUGUGCCAACGACAAACCACAGAAGCUGGCAGAGGGAACACUGCUCCUCAUUGUCCUGGUGCCCCCUGAACAACUGCUGAACGACUCAGUGGGGUUCCUUCGGGAGCUCAGCCACAUCCUGCACACCAACGUCAAGUUUAAGAGGCACCCCAAUGGUGACAUGAUGGUUUACCCUUACUACGGGAACAAAGAGCAGCUGCAUAGACACCAUGUGAAGAGGUCAAUGGCAGAUGCCAGUGGUCGAGUCAUUGACGCAUUGAGUCACGUCAAGCGCUCAUUCUAUGCACUGAUGUCCCCACGGAGUCGCAGGGAGUUGGACCGGCGGGAAGUCAAAGGGUCGAUUGUUCACCUGGAAAUAGAUAAUCGACAGUGUUACCAGGCUUUCUCCGACUGUUUUGCCAGCACAACAGAUGUGGCAGCUUUCCUGGGUGCCAUGGCUUCCCAAGGCAGCCUCCAGCUCCCAUACAACAUUGAGACUGUGGAGAGUGAAGGAAUUGUGACCAUUCAUGACGAUAACCUGUACCCCAUGUAUGUCGUGGUGUCUGUGCUCAUAUUCCUGGCCUUCAUUGGGAUGGGGGUGCUAGUGUCUCGGAAACGACAUCGAGAGCAUGGACAGCUCUGGUUCCCUGAAGGUUUCAAGGUGACGGAGAGCAGCAAGAAGAAACGCCGGGAGCCGGUGGGCGAGGAUUCGGUCGGGUUGAAGCCUUUGAAGAAUGUUUCUGAUGGAGCACUCAUGGAUGACAACCAAAAUGAGCACUGGGGCGAUGACAGGGGGGCUGAAACCAAGAGAUUCAAGUUUGAAGAGCAAGUGAUCUUGGUGAACCGUGAGGAGAACACUGACCACAGACAGUGGACACAGCAACACCUGGACGCUGCUGAUCUCCGACUGCCCACCAUGGCCCCCACCCCUCCUCAGGGGGAGACUGAGUCUGACUGUAUGGACGUCAAUGUCAGAGGCCCAGAUGGGUUCACCCCCUUGAUGAUCGCCUCAUGCAGUGGAGGGGGUUUGGAGACGGCGAACAGCGAGGAGGAAGUGGAUGAUGCCUCCGGGAACCUCAUCUCUGAUUUCAUCUACCAGGGGGCCAAGCUCCACAACCAAACUGACCGGACGGGCGAGACUGCUCUGCAUUUGGCUGCACGCUAUGCCCGUUCAGAUGCAGCCAAACGCCUCCUAGAAUCAAGUGCAGAUGCCAAUAUCCAGGACAACAUGGGCAGGACCCCUCUGCAUGCUGCUGUGGCUGCUGAUGCCCAGGGGGUUUUCCAGAUCCUGAUCCGGAACCGAGCCACAGAUUUGGAUGCGCGGAUGCAUGACGGAACCACGCCAUUAAUCCUGGCUGCACGGUUGGCUGUGGAGGGAAUGGUGGAGGAGCUGGUGAACUGCCAUGCUGACGUUAACGCCGUAGAUGACUUUGGGAAAUCUGCUCUGCACUGGGCUGCUGCUGUCAAUAAUGUGGAGGCAACACUGGUCCUUUUGAAAAACGGAGCCAAUAAGGACAUGCAGGACAACAAGGAAGAGACCCCACUGUUCCUGGCAGCUCGGGAAGGGAGUUACGAGACAGGCAAGCUCCUGCUCGAGCACUUUGCCAACCGUGAAAUCACUGACCACAUGGAUCGACUGCCUCGUGACAUUGCUCAGGACCGCAUGCAUCAUGAUAUUGUGAGGUUGCUAGAUGAAUAUAACUUGGUGAGGAGCCCCCAGGUGUCAAUGGGCCCCAACACCACCACCCUCUCCCCGACAAUCUGCUCGCCCAAUGGCUAUGUGGCCAACCUUAAGUCAGCCAGUCACAGCAAGAAGACCCGGAAGAACAGUGCCAAGGCUGGGAGUGGCAAGGACUCCAAAGAGGCCAAGGCAAAGAGGAAGAAAUCCCAGGAUGGGAAGGGAAGCCUACUGGACAAUCCAGCUGUCCUGUCCCCCGUCGAUUCCCUGGAAUCCUCCCACACCUACCUUUCGGAUGUGGCCUCUCCUCCUCUCUUGACAUCCCCAUUCCAGCAGUCACCCACUAUCCAGCUAAACCAUUUGCAAGGACUAGCUGGGGAUGGGCAACUGAACCUGGGCCACUUGGGCAUGGGCAACAAGCAGGAGAUGGCUCUGAGUGGGACUAACAGGAUGGUCUUCGAAUCAGUGGCUCCUCGCCUCACGCAUAUGCCCAGCUCCAAUGGGCAGCCUCUGGGCAACACUUCAAUGGGCAUGAACCUGGGAGGGGCUGGGACCGUGAGCGGUCAGUGUGACUGGCUGGCUAGGAUGCAGGCCGGAAUGCCACAAAACCUUUACAGUGCCUUGAGGAACCCAGUCCAGUCCCAAGCCGGCAGACUCCAGCAGAACCAGCACGGAAUAAUGACCUCCUUACAUAGCGGACUCCCUAACACCACUUUGUCUCCGAUCGUCAACUACCAGGGUCUGACCAACACCACGAGGCUGUCCCAACCCCAUCUGAUACAGCAGCAAUCACAGGCCAUGCAGCCCCUCAAUACAUUGCCCAGUGGAAAUGCUCACCCCACGAGUCAAAACUACUGCAAUGGUGAUUCAAGGCAGAAUGAUCUGUCCCCAAUGGGGGCAAACAACCUCCCCAUGCACAUGGUUUCAGCUCAGGAGACACAGCUGGUCCAGACGUCAAUGCCAACCUCCAUGAGUCAGUCAAUGGCCACCACACAGUUCCUGACUCCUCCCUCUCAGCACGGGGGCUACUCCUCCAUGGACAACACGCCAAACCACCCUUUCCCAUUGGCUGACCACCCUUUCCUCACCCCCUCCCCGGAGUCCCCUGAUCAAUGGUCCAGCUCCUCGCCGCAUUCCAACAUGUCAGAUUGGUCAGAAGGUAUCUCCAGUCCUCCAACCAGCAUGCACUCCCAAAUGGGACAUCUCUCUGACCAGGUCUUCAAGUGAAUUCCUCUUUCCCCGCAACAUCCUCCUCUUUCUCCCCACAUCCAGCCUCCCCCUUCCCUUCCCAGGGGACAAUGACAGAGACUUGUAACAGGACAGUGAGAGAGCCUUCAACUGGACUGUAGGAAGAUACUGGCCCAGUUUCUGCUCUGGUUUGAAAGAAAUGAGGAUGGGGUGGAGUUUUAUUCUUAGCUUUUUGUUUAAUUUAUUUAUGUACUUUACGUUUUACUGCAUUCUUUAUUUAAAAGCAUCGAUGGGUUUUAUCUGUUGGUGUUGAAGAGGUGGCCGAUUGUCAUGUGUUUGCUGAUCUCCUUUACAAACUUGGGCGGUUAGAGACUGUUGCUUUUGUAGAAAUCUGACAAUUCUUUUUAAAACAAAAAAUUAUAUAGCUGAUAUUUGUGUCAAUUGGUUUGUGGCCAAAUAAUUUGUUGCUAAUAAUUAAUGCAUAAAAUAAUGUGACAUAUUUAUACGAGUUCUGAAUCUUCACAGAAAGGAGUAAAAAUGAAUAUAAACAUGUAUUUGUGUACCCCUUGAAUACCAAUACUCACUCAAUCACUUGCUCAAUCAAUCACACUCAUUCAUUCACUCACACAUUCACUCACCCUCACUUAUUCACUCACCAUUUCUCUCACUCACUCACAGUCACUCAUUCUUUGUCUCACUCACUCAUUUAUUCACUCAAUCCCUCACACAUUCAUUCACUAUCUCUCUCACUCACACACCCUUCAAUCACUUGCUCAUUUAAUCACUCAUACUUACACACAUUCACAUGUAAUCGUGUACGCACACUGUCACAAACACUUGCACUUUCACACAUUCACCUGUACACACUCUCGAUUACCCUGUUAGCUGCACAAUGCAGGGUGUAGCAUGAGAGUGUUGAGUGUUCCAGCUGCACAAUGGAUAGCAUGGCUUUCAGAAGAUGCUCAGUUCCUGUAGACUGCACACGCUAAAAACAUCAUGAGUGUGGCUUUCAGUCUUAUCGUGGAGUUGCUGUGUACAAUAUUGUCCUGAAGAUUCUGAUAUCGUGGUCUCAGCCCCUGAAAUUGAACCCAAGAAAGUGAGCACUUGUGAUCGAUACCAGGAGAGAUGCUUUUAACUUGUUUUUGUAACCACCUUGUGAAGAUGUUUGUUUAUUUCAGUUAUUUCAAUAAUGACACUAUGUUCUUUUUUUAAAAAAGUAGCAUUUAAGUUAUUCUGGGUUGGGGGGGGAUACUGAGGGUAGGGGCGGGGCGUGUGUGGGGGGGUUCAAAAUAUGAAUAGUUUGGGUUGUUAAGAACUAGCAGGCAAGUUCUACACCCAGAUGUAUUCCUCAACCUCCACUCUCCACCAACACUGGCACCAAGUUCCCCCCCACACCCCCAUGCAGUGAAUAUAUCCUUCCCCACUCCCUAACACCGGCACCAAGUGCCCCCCCCCAACUCCAACUCUGCAGUGGAUAUAUCCUCCGCCACUCUCCAGCAACACUGGCACCAAGUUCCACUUCCCCACCCCAGGCAGUGGAUAUAUCCUUCCCCAUUCCCUACCUCCCCUCAGUUUUGACACCUGUCAAAAUUUGAAUGUCACCAGUUUAUAGUGAUUGCCUCCCGCUCUUGUCAUUAUCAGCAGGAUGCCACAGCUGGAGGCUUUAAAGGGGGCUGGAUGGGGCUUGCAAGAGGGGAGAGGGUGGGGAAUAUAUCCUAAUUCUGGGGUGACAGUGUGGGGUGAGGCAGGGAAGGGUGGGUAAUAUGACAGACACAAUGCCUUUAUGUACAAUCCCUCAAAAUGUGGAAUUCCUAAGGGGCAGCUUUCCAAUUGGAGACGUGGGGAUUGCCUUUGAAAGCAGGCUGUGUAAAGGAUGAUUGGGCUGUUCAAGUGAGAACACCAUUUCUGUAGACGUUGUAAAUAAACAGUGAUUUUUAAAGAAGAUUUUGUUUCAGAAAUCUGUAUGAUGUAAGCGAGACAUUUAAAUCUAUCCUGACUGUGCAUCGCAGCAUUUUAUAGACUCCAAACUGCCCAUGAGAAAAUAUUCUGGUUUCAUAACAGUCAACCAGUGGGGUCUAUUCUAAAAAUCUGGUGUAUUCCUGUUAACUGCUUUUUGUAAAAGGUUCUUAUAACAAUAAAACUGUGCCAAGGGCAUCUAGAUCUGC